AUGCGAUCGGUGGCACGACCACUAGCAAGACGUAAGCCGGUGCUAAUGAAAGCGAACGGCUCAGAUGACGAUGAGUCGGUAGAAGACAGUGAAGGUCCAUUGACUCCGAAACGUGCCAAGAUUGACGAUGAUGAACAAAUUGCAGAAGCUGUUCUUGGCUACGCUGUUAGCAUUGACGCAUACGGACCUACCAACUACGUAUGCUCAAUCAAUGGCAAGCGACGAUGCGAUGACGCAAUGGAUGCUGAGCUUCCCUCUCAUGAAGAAAAUCGAAUGUGGACAUUGAAGCCACGAGGAAAGAGUAAACGCAUAAAUGAUUACGAUGGGAAUUUGCCAAGAAGCGUGAUCAAAAUGGCGAUGUCGUGCGAUACAAGGCACGACUGGUCGCGAAAGGAUUCAAGCAAAAGCAAGGCUUCGACUUUUUCGAGACUUAUUACUCGAUCACCAACAUGA